AUGUUGUGCAACAAGAGGUCUGUCCUGUGGCUCUCUGGGGUUCCCAACAGCAUGAAUGAGGGCAUCUUGCAUGCCUGGGAAAGGGAGGAGCUGCAAGCCGAUUGGGGCGGAGGCGAGCAAAGAAAAGGAGGAGGAGAUCAGUGGGUCCAAAAAGGCGAUCGCUGGGGAUCCUCUUCGGAGGGAGAGAAGAAAGGACUCCGGGGCGCCUUUUGGAGGAAAGCACCUUGGAUGAUCCAUCCUCCUCGAUUGACCCCAAACCUUCUUGGAUUCCUUUGCCAAGCUCGAGCAGUCCAAGCCUUUCUCCUCCUCCUCCUCCUCCUCUUAACCCUUGAGCAGCUGGAGCCAGGGAUUGAAGACUGGUUGAAGAUGUUUAGCGAGAGCGAGGAGGAGACAUCACUUCAGGAAAGUAUCAAGCAGGAGUUGUCACCGGAAAGAUGUGACACAGAUUUCCCGCCAAGUCUGGACCAGGAAGAAGACUACGCGACUCAAUGUGACCCUGAAAUGCAGCCCCGAAUGAGUCAGCAGGAAACUUUCCAAGGGGAAGAAACUGCCAUGGACCUCAGCAAGACCGCCAUGGAAAAUGCUAUCUGCAAACCAAGAAAAACAUACAUAUGUCCCGACUGUGGGAAAUGUUUCAAGCGCUGCUCGCCCCUCAUAAGGCACCGGCGAACCCACACGGGAGAGAAGCCCUACGUCUGCCGCGUGUGUUUGAAAUGCUUCAGUGACGGCUCUGCCCUUGUGAAACACCGGCGAAUCCACGCUGGGGAGAAACCUUACGGCUGCCCCGAGUGCGGGAAGAGCUUCUCUCAGAGUUCGACCCUUAUUGCUCACCAGAGAACCCACACCGGCGAGAGACCUUACACUUGCCCUAUCUGCGGAAAGAGCUUCAGCGUCAGCUCAAACCUUGCGGCUCACCAAAGGAUCCACACGGGAGAGAAACCGUACGAAUGCGCCGUCUGCGAAAAAAGCUUCCUGGUCAACUCUCACCUGAUCCGGCACCAGCGGAUCCACACAUCGGAGAAGCCCUAUAUUUGCCGGGAGUGCGGGGAGUGCUUCACCCAGAGCUCCCACUUGGUUGUCCAUCGUAGAAUCCACACCGGGGAGAAACCUUAUCUGUGUGCUAUAUGUGGGAAGAACUACCGCGGCAUCUCGGACUUCAUCUUGCACCAGAGAAUCCACACGGGCGAGAGGCCAUACCCUUGUUUGCAGUGUGGGAAAAGCUUCCGCCAGAGUUCCUCUCUGACCAAACACCAGCGGAUCCACACGGGAGAGAGGCCCUACGAGUGCGCAGAAUGCGGGAAAACCUUCAGUCGGAAUUCGCAUCUUACUCGGCACCACAAAGUCCACAUGGGACCAAGGGAUGCCCUGCCAACACUAAUCCCGGGAGAUGGGCGGCAGACGCCUCCCGGGGAGUUGCGGACUCCCACAGAAGAAGGGGAAGAGCCAAGGACCCCUGUGCCUGAAGCCAUCUGUGACAGCGGUGGGGAUGUCAAGAGUCCUGAAAGGAAAGAAGAAGAAGAGGAGGAAGAAGAACUGGACCCCCGCAUCCAGGAGGAGCUGGAGCAUCUCAACCAGGCCAAUGAGGAGAUAAAUCGUGUGGAGCUGCAGCUGGAUGAAGCCCGUACCACCUACCGGAGGAUCUUGUCUGAAUCUGCCAGGAAGCUGAAUGCACAGGGCUCCCAGCUGGGGAACUGCAUUGAGAAAGCCCGUCCUUAUUAUGAGGCCAGGCGCUUGGCCAAGGAGGCCCAGCAGGAAACCCAGAAAGCUGCGCUUCGGUACGAGCGAGCCGUGAGCAUGCACAAUGCGGCCCGCGAGAUGGUUUUCGUGGCUGAGCAGGGAGUCAUGGCAGACAAGAACCGCCUGGAUCCCACGUGGCAGGAGAUGCUUAAUCAUGCAACAUGCAAGGUGAAUGAGGCCGAGGAAGAGCGGUUGCGCAGCGAACGGGAGCAUCAGCGUGUCACGCAGCUCUGCCAGCAAGCUGAGGCCAAGGUGCAGUCACUGCAGAAGUCCCUGAAGCGUGUCAUUGUGAAGAGCAAGCCUUACUUUGAGCUGAAGGCUCAGUUCAACCAAAUCCUUGAGGAGCACAAGGCCCGGGUGACAUCCCUGGAGCAGCAGGUCUCUCAGGCUAAGAUGCGCUACUCAGUGGCUUUGAGGAAUCUGGAGCAGAUCAGCGAGCAGAUCCACGCCCGGCGGCUCCAGCGCCUGGUUGGGCGCAGGGCUUCCCCGGUGGGGGCGGAGGCCAGCCCGGCCCUGCUGUACGGUAGUGCGGCACUCCCUCCGGAGCCGAUCUCCUCUUCCGACACCCUCUCGGUGCUCAGCUUCCAGACCAUUGCUUCCGACCUGCAGAAGUUCGACUCGGUGGAGCACUUGCUGGGUCUCUCCGACGCCGCCAGCCUCAACAGCGACGAGCUGGAGGAGCGGGAGCAGCGCCGCAGUGCCCAGACGCACCCCUUCAAGCACCACCGCAGCAUCAGGCUUGUCGCCAGCGUGGAUGCGCUGGUGCCGGUCCAGAUGGGAGCUCCAUGCAAAGCUCUUACCACAGUCCUUGCAAGCAUAAGGUUUGGCAGAGUCAUCUGGAUGGCGGGUCCGGCGGUGCUGAAGCAGGGCCCCAUUCAGCCCAAAGCUCUUGCCGCAGUCUUUGCAGACAUAGGGCUUCUCGGCUGCAUGGGUUUCUCUGUGCUGGUGUACAACCGUGAGCGCUUGCUGAAGCUGAAGCCAUUGCCACAAUCGUGGCAGCGGCUGAUGUGGCCUAGCAAUCCAUGGUGGCCACGAGUUGAGAACUUCUUUAAGCCACGAGAUGAGGGACAAAAUGCUCUGUGCUGCCUGAAGAGUUUGCUCAUUAAAUGGAUCUUCAUUGUGGAGCCUGUAAUAGUCUUCCAACAAGGCAGCUGCAUCAGGAGGCAGAUCAUGGAGGAUGAAUGGCUGAUUGUAGAUGCUGAUCAGAAACCUGUUUAUAAGGAAGCACGCCAGGAAAACUGUGAAAGUCUAGUGGCACUGACAGGAUCUCCAAGUUCUCAACCCAAUGAGAUUUUCUUGAUAGAAGAUGAAGAGGAGCCUUGUAUACCAGAACCUGGGAAUAAAGAAAACAAAAGAAGAGGCAAUUUAUCAGGUGAGGGAUUGGGCAGUGAGGAGGAGGAGGAGACGGAUGAGGAAGAUGUUCAGCAACAAGACAGUCCUAAGGUGGUGGAGCUGGAUGCCAGCAUGGUCCCGGGGAAUUGUAAGAGCCUACGUUGGAGGGUAGUGCAGCAGGUCGGUGGUGGCAAGGUCCUGACAGGAGAUGGGCCACCGAUCAUGGUUCUGCAGAAGGGAUAUGAGUGUGAGGAUUGUGGGAAGGUGUUCAGCUGCAGCUCACACUACAGCAAGCAUCGGCGCACACACACUGGGGAACGGCCCUUCCGGUGCGGAGAGUGCGGCAAGAGCUUUAAUGUUAGCUCCAACCUUUACAGGCACCAGCGGGCACAUGCCAAUGCUGGUGCCACACCUGUAACUCCUGCUCCAUCACUCUUGCCCAGCCGUGGAUUGCCCUACCAGUGUGCCGAAUGUGGCCAAUGUUUCCGCCGCAACACAGAACUGGUGACCCACCAGCGGCUUCACACUGGACGCCUUCCCUUCCAGUGUGGUGACUGUGGCAAGAGCUUCUCGUGGAGUUCGCACUUUGCCCGACACUUGCGGAUCCACACUGGCGAGAAGCCCUACCCAUGCAACGAGUGCGGCAAGAGCUUUAGCCGCAGCUCCCACCUUUACCGUCACCAGCGCACUCAUGGGACCAGCGCUGCAGCCAAUGUCACCCGUGCCUACAUCUGCACCUACUGUGGACGCAGCUUCAGCACCACUCUGCAUUUUGAUCAGCAUCAGCGCACUCACCGGGGUCGCAAACCGUACAAGUGCACCCUCUGUGGGAAAGCUUUUGCUGACGGUUUGGCUUUGGUGAAACACCAGCGUUUACAUUUGAUUGGAGGCGAUCAGAGUCACCAAUGUUCUGAAUGUGGGCAAAGCUUUGGGGGUCAGUCCCAACUGGCCCGCCACCGGCGUCUCCAUGGCACGGCCGACAAGCCCUAUGGCUGCGGGGAGUGUGGGCAGAGCUUCAGCUCACGGGGCCAGCUGGCUCAACACCGCCAGCUCCACAUGUCUGCCGAUAAGCCCUACCACUGUGGGGAGUGUGGGCUCAGCUUCACUUGGAGCUCCCAUUGGGAGCGACAUCGGCGCAUCCACACAGGUGAAAGGCCUUACUCCUGUGGGGACUGUGGGAAGUGCUUUGGGCGCACCUCCCACCUUUACCGGCAUCAGCGCACCCAUGCAGGCGGCCAACCACACGUCUGCCCAGACUGUGGCAAGAGCUUCAACAGCACCUUGCACUUCCAGCGGCAUCAGCACGCCCACCAUCUUGACCCAGACAAUGACUCACCUUCUACCAGCACUUGUGGGGACUGUGGCAUGCUCUUUGCUGAUGCUUCGUCUCUGCUCAAACACCAGUGUGUUCAUGAGGGUGAGAGGCUGUAUCCCUGCCCACAGUGUGGAUGCCACUUCCGUGGCACAUCCCGCCUUUACCAGCAUCUCCGUACCCACCGGGCAGGGGACACUAUCCUAAUACCAGCUUCCCCGCAGUGUAAGGAAAUUGAACCAUGCUAAAGGGAGAGGAAGGAAUUGGGGCGGGAAGGGACACUCUGUAUUUGGUUGGCAAGUAGUCAGUGGUCCUGACAAAAAUUCCCCAGGUGUAUAAUGGCCCAAUCCAAAGUCCACAGUGGGCUAUUCUUUUGUGUAAACAAGUUAUUUUGCCCAAUAUUCCAUUUCAGUCACUAAGGUGCCAAGGAUAUACAUUCGGGGUAAUCUAAUGACAGAUGAAAUCUCAAGUUAAGCCUUAACUUAUUCAUUAGGCACUUUUGGAUGGAAACAACAUUCUGUCAAACACAACAGCUUUCUCACAACUGCAUCAACCUGGCCUUGCACAUCUUUUUCUCUACUUUGUUGGAAUGCAGGUUGGCUGUGGAGUAUUUCAAGGGGCCUUGUCUCCAUGGCUUCUACUCUGCCUUGUCUAGGGGUUCUUGUAACAGAGCAGAGGGCUGCAGAACAGGGUUAUGUGUGUGUGUCUGAGGAAACUGCUAGGUAGCUGAGAAAAGGAAGGGAAAAAAGGCCUCGAAGACCCAGAUUUUGUGCUUUAAAAGGUCACUUAGGGUGCUUCCAGGCAGCACUAAAUCACGGGUUUUAAGCAGGGGCAAAAAACCCCGGGACUUCAGAAGAGGUCCACAUAUAGACCUGUUGGUCCCAGGAUUUCUGCCUCCGUUGUCCAGAUUUGAUGCUUUGUUAUGAGAUUUAGAGGCUCCCAAGAUGGCUGCUGUGGGAUUUCUAUCAGAAACUUGUGGCAUCAAACAACUGGGUGAUGUUCCUGGGUUAUACAUGGCUGUUCCUGAUUGCUCUUCUUGUGAAAGGAUGUACAACGUUGACUAGGGGCCCACAACUUUGUCCUGGCCAAAGAAAAUGUGCCCUCCACACGUUUCAUGAAAUUUCUGGCACACAAAGUUUUUGCUUUCUACUUAAGUGUCACCUUCUUUUUAGGAACUGACCAAUCAGGAACAAACAAACACACGAACAAACUCAGAUUAAAAAUCCCACGAUUUUCGAUUGCAGAUAUACAGACAUGUGAAGAUCCACAUAUUCAGCUCAAAAUCACAAUAUGCCUGCACCUUGAAAUUUCACAUUUUUUGCCUUUUGUAGUGAUUGCUUCCACAGCUACAGGGGACAGGGUCUGGCCACCCUCCUGUUGCUGUGGAAGCUCCUGGGAUAAACGUACUGUCUAGACUUGCCCUUAAAGAAGCUUAAUUUCCAUAACUAAUUCUUGUAAUGAUGUACGAGUAUUCUUUGGCUUAUUCAAUAUACUUAUGGGCAAAUAUUAUAAUUAACUGGAGCCAGCCUAGUUGAAGGAGCUUUGCUUUCAUGUAAUAUGAAUCACUCACUGCUUUGAAAUGGACUUUGGAUUUGGCCAUGGGGAAGGUAAUAGAUUUAAGUGGGUAGAGUAGAUAGUGGAGUAGGACAGAAUGGCUUAGUAGGAAGGGACCAGAUAUGUGGAGCUGGACAGCUCCUGUAGUUCAAGGCUUGGGAUCACUUCUCACAUCCCCUGUGUGCAAUCGCACCAGAACAACAAAAGCAGUUUCUUUCCCUAUCCUUUUCUAAAGGGAAUCCCACUCAUGAAAAGCACUUCUUAACUAUUAGACCAUGUGUUGUCGAAGGCUUUCCUGGCCGGAAUUAUUGGGUUAUUGUGAGUUUUCCAGGCUGUAUGGCCAUGUUCCAGAAGCUUUAUCUCCUGAUGUUUCGCCCACAUCUAUGGCAGGCAUCCAUAGAGGUUGUGAGGUCUCAUAACCUCUGAGGAUGCCUGCCAUAGAUGUGGUCGAAACAUCAGGAGAGAAUGCCUCUGGAGCAUGGCCAUAUAACCCAGAAAACUCACAGCACAUUAUUAUACUAUGUCUCAACGCCUGGCAUCUGGCGACUGUAAUGGUGAAGAGAUGGGGGGAAAUAACUGGAAGAAGGCAGGAAAAUCUGUCUGCAAAACCACUCUGGUCAUUAUGUGUUUACAAAAAUGUUGCUUUCGUAAGAGAGCCUUAAAUUGGUGCACUUGCCCAAACAGAGGUGUAGUGACAAAUAGGGAAGUGCGUAUGAUCUUCAUAGAAGCCACAUCUUCAAAGAAAACCCAAAAUGCAGGCAGCUCUGUUGAUCCAUGUCGCCAAAACUCUGUAGCAGGUCUUUCAUAAAGCUGAUAGGUUUUAGCUGUCUCUUCAAGACCAAGUCACUCGCAAGUAUUUUGUACUACAACAAGAAUAGCUCACACCAAUGUAUUGUUGUUGUGCUCUCCCCAUACCAAUCCCACUGUUGUGAUGACUGGUGUUCAACUUACAGGGAACAAGGAGACUGGAGCUGACUGCCAAAUGAUUUCAUCUUCAGCUCCAUCUACACUGACCAUCUAAUGCAGUUUGAAACUAGCAUCAAAUUGUGACAUCCAAACAACAAAUGCCCACAAAACCUUGUGAAAGAAAGCUCUUUAUGUGCUCGAUGCUUUGUGUAAUCACCCUCCGGGUCUCAAACUGGUUCCAGGAUUUGCUAUGUCAUUAUCUACAACAGUGAAACCAUUUUUUCCAAUACUGUUUUGAAACUGCAUUAAGGGAUUAGUUUAAAUGAGGCCUUCCUUAUGCUUUAGAAAGCCUCGGUGCUCUGAUUCUCCGAGACCUGCCUUCACUGCACCCUUGCACACAUUUCACAUCAUUCUGAUUUAGAGAAUAUGUGCACCACUCCUGUUUUCUUUCUGUAGCACUUCAUGCUUCUCUUCCCACCUAUUUUGUGGUAUGGUUACUACUACAAGUGUGCACCAAACUGCCCACAUCACCCAGAAUAACAGCUAAUUAUCAAGAAUAUAUGGUAUUCCAGGGUAAAGAACCAAAGUCCUAUAUCUUUUGAAAGCUUGUUGUGAUUGAUUGGGCAGUGCUUGAGUAUUCUGGUACCAAGAUAAGGAAGCCUAAACCUAGUUUUAAAUACAGUCAGUUCCACAUCCAUGGAUUCCAUCAUUCGCAGUUCUAACUCUUCAGAUACUGUUGUCGAAGGCUUUCAUGACUGGAAUCACUGGGUUGCUGUGAGUUUUCUGGGCCGUAUGGCCAUGUUCCAGAAGCAUUCUCUCCUGAUGUUUCACCCACAUCUAUGGCAGGCAUCCUCAGAAGUUGUGAGGACUGUUGGAAACUAGACAAAUGGGGUUUAUAUUUUGCCUGGGCUUGGGUAUUUUGCCUGGACUUGGCCCCAUGUAAGCCGCCCCCAGUCCCUUUGGGGAGACGAAGGCAAGGUAAAAAAAUAAACUUCUUCUUAUAUAUCUGUAAAAUGUCCAGGGUGGAAAAAAGAACUCCUUUUCUGCUUGAGGCAAGUGUGAAUGUUGCAACUUGAUUAGCAUUUAAUGGCCUUGCAGCUUCAAAGCCUGGCUACUUCCUUUCUGGGGGGAAUCCUUUGUUGGGAGAUAUUAGCUGGCCCUGAUUGUUUGGAAUUCCCCUGGUCUUUGAGUGUUUCUCUUUAUUUACUGUCCUGGUUUUUUAAUACUAGCAGCCAGAUUUUGUUCAUUUUCGUGGUUUCCUCCUUUCUGUUGAAAAUGUCCACAUGCUUGUGGAUUUCAAUGGCUUUUCUGUGUAGUCUGACAUGGUGGUUCAACCAGAGAAGUCAGCCAUAGCAGAGCACUUGAGGAACCAACCUGGACACAGCAUAUUAUCUGAGAACACAGAAAUGCUGGACCACUCUAACAAACUCCCAACAAAGGAUUCCCUCAACCAGGCGUUGAAGCUGCAAGGUUAUCCAAUGCUAAUCAAGGUGGCCAACAUUCACACUUUCCUCAAACAGGAAAGAGUGCUUUCCCCUCCCUGGCCAUUCCACAGAUAUAUAAACCCACUUGUCUAGUUUCCAACGAACCUCACAACCUCUGAGGAUGCCUGCCAUAGAUGUGGGCGAAACAUCAGGAGAGAAUGCUUCUUGAAGAUGGUCAUACUGCCCAGAAAACUCACAGCAACCCAUCUUCAGAUAGUGCUCCAAUAUUUUUGGAACUUUCUUUAAACAGUUAAUACAAUGCCAUCAGCUUUCUGUAUUAUUUGCAAAUCACUGUAGAUUGUAUUGAAAUGAACAGCUGGAGAAUACUCACCUCUUUGUUUUUGAGGAGCAAUCCCGCCUUAACCUAAACCUAACACAUCUGCAGCAGUGUAGAGAUGGAAAAAAUUAGAGCAUUGUGCCUAAGUAAGAUUUCUGUCCCUGCCAUGAAGCUUUCCUUCACUCCAAAUGUUUAGUAUUGCAGUAGCUUGAAAUGUCAGAAAUACAGUUUGGGCAUCUUCAUAGAAUCAUAUAGUUGGACAAGACCCCAAGGGCCAUCCAGUCCAGGUAGCGGCACACAAUCAAAGCACUUCCAACAGAUGGCCAUCCAGCCUCUGUUUGAAAACCUCCAGAGAAGGAGACUCCUCUACACUCUCAGGCAGCAUAUUCUGUUGCUGAAAAGCUCUUACCGUAAGGAGGUUCUUCCCAAUGUUUCUUGAAGAAAAGGAACCAGGCAAAUUGACCCAGGGAACUCAAAACACUCCAAAUAUAAACCUUCUCCUCCAAAGAGUGUUGUGCCUCACCAAACUACAAAUCCCAGGAUUCUAUAGCAUUCCAUGUAAAGUGGUGUGAACCCACAUUAAUUAUACCGUGCAGGUGCACCCUGGGUUUACAUCUUCUCCCAGGAGUCCAGCUAGACCAGGCCUGGGCAAACUUGGGCCCUCCAGAUGUUUUGGACUUCAACUCCCACAAUUCCUAACAGCCUCAGGCCCUUUCCUUUCCCCCCUGCAGCCACUUAAGUGAAGGGGCCUGAGACUGUUAGGAAUUGUGGAAGUUGAAGUCCAAAACACCUGGAAGGCUCAAGUUUGCCCAUACCUGAGCUAGACAAACACUGAGCAUCUUCAGGAUGGAGACAGAACAGCACCUCAAAUUGUGUUAGAUGUUAGACUGGCUCACCUUGAGGAAGUUAUAUCCUCCCAUGUAGGAACAGCACAUCAGUUGCAGCUGCUGUGAAAACAAUAAGCAAACUAAAAAGCGGUGGGUCAACAAAAAAUUGGUGGUAGAUGGUCCUGAAAGAUUACUUGCCUUUCCGAUCCAGCCAUGCUGAAAGUUAGCAGGAACUUAUAUGUGUUUGUGAAUUAAAUAGACUAGGGGAAAAUAAAAAAUACAAUAAAACCAGUAAAUCUU